AUGACGGUCGUCACCCUCGGUGGCUGGCUUAUAAUUCCGUGUUUGAUUGCCUUACAUCUACAAGAUCAUAUUGGUAACCAACAACUAGCCCUUCUGCCCCAGAGACAUUGUGAAACUGUAGGCCCUGUGUCAUGUAGUCUGGCUGUUGUUAACGUCGUAUUCGCUUGUUUACUCUCUACAAGCAUUUACGUGAUGGCUGGAAACUUUCUUGGGGUGGAAGCACCAUCGGGGGCGGACUUUAUGCUUCUGAAGACGCACACGAUAGUACGGUGGAUGUUCUUAAACGUGUCCGUAUUGGGGGUUUUCAUAUCCGCAGUUCUGUACGGCGUUGGCACGGUAUCAUUCCCUGCAAGUUCGAUUGUAUGGCAAAAAAGAUCCGCUGUUACCGAUCGCGAUUUAACGGAAUUACGCGAAUGCAUUGAGGCGGCAUCGGCCGAGUUAGAGGAAACAAGAGAGCAAGAACGACGUAGGACCGCCUCCGGCACCACGCUAUCUGGGAACACACACCAUCUUGAAACCGUUUUAAAAGACUUGCAAGACCAGUACGAUGAAUCUGCCAAUAGAAAAAGAAUAGAAACCGAUACUAGCCGCAUAUUAGAAGGUGCAGGAUGGGUCAUGGGUGCGGUCGGAGUAUAUAGAGUAAUAUCUGCAGCACUCAACAUCAUCUACUGGAGAGUUCCCGUCGGAGAAUUCGUAACACCCAUCGUCCAUAACGUCUUUGAACUGCUCAAGCUGCCCCGUUUUCUACCUAUUCUGAACGUGAAUCUCAUAGCCAAUGUAGCCACAGUCACAUAUGUCGUUGCGCUAAUUAGUAGUUCCAUCCAAGGUUUCACCAAAAGCGUAUGUCACACUCUGAACGCAACACAGAUACACUGGAUAAACUGCUACACUGGAUGA